AUGUUCUCUGCCCAAUCCCGUUCCCGCUGCAACCACAUCCGCAUCUCCCUCACCACUGCCCAGAAGGGAACCCAGUCUGCUGCUGCAUACUUUGGCUAUAUGCGAGGUCUCGCUGAUGAGAUUGCAGCGGCUGGGAAACCCAUAGAUGAGGACGAACUCGUGUCUCACAUCAUAUCCGGGCUCGACAUGGAAUAUCAGCCCAUCAUCAGCGCCCUGGACGUGCGUCCUGAGCCAACCACCGUCGAUGAACUCUUCGGUAUGGUAUCUACUUUUGAUCAGAGGGUUGAGAUGUUCCAGGGCACCGGCGGCCAAGCUUUUAAAUCAUCGGCCAACGCCGCUUCCCGCGGACGGGGUGGCCCUUCCAAAGGCUACCGUGGCGGUGGCGGUGGCUCUCGCGGUGGUGGCGGCCACUAUGGUGGCGGUGGUGGCGGCCACUACGGCGGCGACGGUGGCGGUCACUACUCCAACUCCCACGGUGGUGGCAGCGGCGGCCACUACGGUGAUGGUGGUGGCAACCAUGGUGGUGGCUAUGGUGGCCACUACUCCAACUCCGGAGGCAGCGGAGAACACAACUACAACAACGGUGGUCGCCCCUUCUACAACAACAACAGGGGAGGCCAGAACAACUACAACAACAACUUCAGAGGGUAUGAUGAAUAUGAAGGAAAGUGUCAAAUUUGCAAGAAAACUAAUCAUAUUGCAAAGCAAUGCAAGUGGCGCUAUGCAGAUGAAUUCACAAAAAAAAGAAAGUUGCCGCAGCAGCCAACAAGUCAUAUGGAGUAG